AUGGAGAGGAAUGAGACGCAAAUUCUAUGCCUUAAUGUGUCUUCACUUGAUAACGUGAGCCCUACGAAUGAAUUCUCAAUCAAAGAUGCCUUAAUGUGGUUACAACUAAGGAGAGGCGAUCGUCUCUCUUUUUCGAACGAUGUUCGUUAUAUGUGUUUGGCAUCGCCUAUUAAAUCUCUCGAAGAUUUCUUCUGA